UUUACUAGGGCCUCUGAAAAAGGAAAAAAAAAACUGCACCACUCUUCCUGUACACAAGUUUUGAUAAAUCUUCCCCAUUGUAUGCAAAUACAGUCACAAUUGCAGUAGAGGCUCCAGUAGAAGUUGUUUGAGAAGCCCUGAUCAAGUAUGUAAGCGCCCAUUUACCAUAGAGAACAGAUAAAAUCUCAUGUACUACCUUUCCAGUUUGAGAAACCCUGAUCUAGUAUAGAUUUUCGGAAUCAUUGUUCAAGAGGCUACAACGACACCAUAGUUUGGAGCCCGAGUUAUAAUGUCAAGACCCUUCUCUGGAUGGAUUCUCAACACCGUUAAACAAAGCACUGUCCUGUUGAGAAGUGGAAGAUGCCAGUAUUCACAGUGUAUGACCCAUAGAUGGAGGAGGACACCCUCGGUUAAGACAGUCUCGCCAAUAUGUCUGUGCUACCCAGUACAGCAAGCCAACAUCUCCCAGGACAGUUCCUACACGGCAGAGGAUGUCCAUUUCCAGCUGGAUCCAGAGCAAAUCAACUACACCCUCAGAGCCAAUGAGCAGUCUCAAAAGUUACCAGAUAGUGACUGCAAAAAUACAGUUCUGAAGUUUGAAAGCAAUAUUUUGGCUUCUAACACCCCUUGUGAAGAUAGACGGAGUGCUGCCACCUGCCUACAGACCAAAGGUCACUUGUUCGGCAUUUUUGAUGGCCAUGCCGGCUCCGCUUGUGCUCACUCUGUCAGUGAGCGCCUGUUUUAUUAUAUUGCAGUUUCCCUAAUGUCUCAGGAGACUCUGCAGGAAAUUGAGUUUGCCACAGAACAGAUGAAGCCAGUUUUGCCAAUACUUCAAUGGCACAAGCAUAAGAACGACUAUUUGUACCGAGAGAUUGCAUCGCUCUACAUUGACCACCUACGGGUUUAUUGGCAAGAGUUGAUUGAUCUGGACAAUGAAUCCGGAAUGAGCGUAGCUGAUGCCAUGUCCUUCGCCUUUCAAAGACUUGACUCUGAUAUCUCAUUGGAAGCUCAAGUGCCCACAGAGAAUGAAAUGGUCAAGAAUCUCACCUUACAAAUUGCAUUUUCUGGAGCAACGGCCUGUGUGUCGCACAUAGAUGGGGUGAAUUUGCAUGUGGCUAACACUGGGGACUGCCGGGCUGUCUUGGGCGUUCAGGAUGCAAACGGAGUCUGGUCAGCAGUGCCACUUACUGUUGACCACAAUGCCUUUAAUAAAUCUGAGGUACAGAGAAUACAUUCCGAGCACCCAGCUUCUGAAGAGGAGACUCUAGUCACUGAUCAGCGGUUACUAGGUAUUUUAAUGCCCUUUCGGGCUUUUGGUGAUGUCCGGUUUAAAUGGAGUGCAGAGUUGCAGCAGAGUGUUCUGAAAAAUGCUUGCAACAUAGAACCUCUGAAUAUAUAUCAGUAUUAUCCUGCCAACUAUCAUACCCCACCAUAUCUGACUGCCAAACCAGAAAUCACCUAUCAUAAGUUACGACCUCAAGAUAAGUUCUUGAUCAUGGCCUCUGAUGGACUUUGGGACAUGCUUGAAAACCAAGAGGUGGUAAGGAUCAUAGCAGAAUAUCUCUCCGAAAUCCGUUUACAGGAACCUCAAGUGUCCGUAGAGAAGCGUAGCCUUGGGUACAUGCACAACCUGCUGCUUAAGAGAAGAACAAGGAGACUUAGCAUACAGGAUCAGAAUGUUGCCACACACCUGAUCCGACAAGCUCUAGGAAACAACGAGGAUGGUGAGAUCAAUCAGGAGAGACUGGCUGCCAUGCUGAGUUUGCCAGAGGACUUGUCCAGGAUGUACAGAGAUGACAUUACCGUUACUGUUGUCUUAUUUAACACAAAUGCUAUUGAAGCUUAUUACAGGGAGAACGAAAGGGAAUAAAAUAGAAGUCGAAAUUUUAAUAUAGUUUAUUUCAUCUCUAAAAGGAAUAUCUGGUAUAGAGAAUCCACCCAAUAAUACAGUCACUGGUCAGAAUGACUUCACUGAAGUACCUGACACAUUGCUAUCUCUAUUAUCUAUAUGGAUGUGUCUGGUGGGUACAGCUUAGCCUCAUUCAAGAAAAUGGGCUGAGCCGGAUUGCCAGAUACAGCUACUUGUACAUGUGUUGUACUGUGCUGGUUACUGAUGUUGGUGCGGCAGUUUGUUUUGCUAAAAAAAAAAUUUAAGAUCUUAAAGGGGUACUCCGCUGCUCAGCGUUCGGAACAAACUGUUCCAAACACUGGAGUUGGUGCUAGGAGUUAGUGAUGUCAUAGCCCCACCCCCUCAUGACGUCAUGUCCCACCCCCUCAAUGCAAGUCUAUGGCUGUCAUGCCCCCUCCCAUAGAUUUGCAUUGACGGAGCGGGGCGUGACAUCAUGAGGGGGCAAGGCUAUGAUGUCACAAGCUCCCGGAUCCAGCAUUUGGAACAGUUUGUUCCAAAUGCUGAGCAGCAGAGUACCCCUUUUAAGGUUAAACCUCAAAACCCCAUUAUAAGAAUAGUGCAUCAAUGUUACAUAGAGGAAAUGUUUUUUUUCUGUAAUGUAACAAAUAUGUAUAAAUCUGAUACAGGUACUGUAUGAUGUAUAAUGUGUAAUUUUGCACACACACAACAUAACAUUUACAUUUUUUUUUUAUUUUUAUUUUUUUAAUCUUUUUAUUUUUUUUAAGGAAAUCAUACAUAGAUUAUUAUUGGCCUCAAUGGGGGAAAUUUUAUGAAAACCUGCCCAGAGAGAAAGUGGAGCAGUUACCCAUAGCAACAAAUUAGAUUGCUUCUUUAGUAUUUAAAAAUGCCUUUGAAAAAUGAAAUUAAAUAAACAAACUGUCUGUUAUUGGAAACUACACCACCCUUCCUCUACAUAGGUUUAGAUAAAUCUCCUCAAAUGUUCUUGAGAGAUGAGACUUUUGCAGUUUAUAUAUUCUACCUACAUGUUAAGUUGCCAAUACCAGAGAUGAGCGAACUUACAGUAAAUUCGAUUCGUCACAAACUUCUCGGCUCGGCAGUUGAUGGCUUAUCCUGCAUAA